AUGAAGCUGCGGGCAGGGGUCGGCCCCCUUCGUGGGAUUAUACCCCCCUCCGUGGUGGACUCGGCUGCAAAAGCGAAGGCCCGCGUUAUCCGUAGUGUUUCCCCCGCAGGCUGUGGUGCGGGGGAACGCAGGUCCGGGCAAGGGUCCGAGACACGGGCUGGGGAGGGGGUGUCAGGCCCGGGGUGGGGGAGGCCAGGGGUCGCGGAUCCCGACCUCUCGGGGCUGCCGCCCCCUCCGGUGCGCGCGCGUAGUUCAGGGCGAGGACCCCCGGCCCCGUGGCCCACCCCGCGCUUCCCUCGCCCCGCAGGCUGCGCAGGACCGCAUCUCCCGCUCCCGCUCGCAUGGCGGGACAAGAAGGUAGUGGUGGUGUUUGGAGCCACGGGUGCCCAGGGGGGCUCAGUGGCCCGGACGCUCUUGGAAGAUGGGACAUUCAGGGUUCGGGCUGUAACCCGGGACCUUGGGCAGAAGGCAGCAAAGGAACUGAGGCUGCAAGGUGCAGAAAUAGUGCAGGGAGACCAGGAUGAUGAGGCCAGCAUGAAACUGGCUCUGACCGGGGCUCAUGCCACCUUCAUCGUGACCAACUACUGGGAGAACUGCAGCCGGGAGCAGGAGGUCAAGCAGGGAAAGCUGCUCGCCAAUUUGGCCAAGCGCCUGGGCCUUCACUAUGUGGUCUACAGCGGCCUGGAGAACAUCAAGAAGCUGACGGCGGGGAGACUGGCAGCAGGCCACUUUGACGGCAAAGGAGAGGUGGAGGAAUAUUUCCGGGACAUCGGUGUUCCCAUGACCAGUGUGCGGCUGCCCUGCUAUUUCGAGAACCUCCUCUCCUACUUCCGACCCCAGAAAGCCCCGGAUAGAAAGAGCUACCUGCUGAGCUUGCCCAUGGGUGACAUACCCAUGGAUGGCAUGUCCGUCACCGACCUGGGCCCUGUGGUACUCAGUCUGCUGAAGAUGCCAGAACAAUACAUCGGCCAGAACCUUGGGCUCAGUACCUGCAGGCACACAGCGGAGGAGUAUGCUGCCCUGCUCUCCAAGCACACUGGGAAGACCGUGCACGAUGCCAAGACAACCCCUGAGGACUACGAGAAGCUUGGCUUCCCUGGCGCCCAGGACCUGGCCAACAUGUUCCGUUUCUAUGCCUUGAAACCCGACCGGAACAUCGAACUGACCCUGAGGCUCAACCCCAAGGCCAGGACACUGGAUCAGUGGCUGGAGCAGCACAGAGAAGACUUUUCCAGGUUGUGACCCUGCCCACCGCUCAAUGCCAUCGAGGGGGAGGGGAGGCGCAGUCACAGUGAUCCUUUCUUAUGUUACAGAGAAGUUAUUUUUUAAAUAAAAACCAUUGUUCUCACA